ACGAAGUUUUUGGAACAGUUUCCUGUUGGAUCGUUCCACAAAUUAUACCCACCCUCUCCAGCAUGUAUUUGUAUCGCAUGCUUCAGGUGAUAUAAAUCUAAGCGCUCUACCAGCGCUUUGGGAAAAAAUGUAAUUUAUACUUUCCUGUGGAUUUAUUUGCUCAUAUUCCUACCGCCCAAAGGACCAAACUCGCUGAAUGGACCUUGGGACUUCCCUACCCCGUUGAAAUUUAAAAUGGUUAACCUGGUUGAAGAAUUACAGAUUUCGUGUUUAUUUCCUCCUGAUUCCGGGAGUAUUCCAACCGGGAUUUCGGGAAAAUCAGGGAAUAUAUUGAAAUUAGCGGAAUUUUGUAACCAUGGUUAUUGUUUAGGGUGGGGGGGACAUCCCACUGAUUCCAGAUAGCACUAACCCUCCCUGCCUAGGCUAUAGAGGUUUAUAGGCUACUGCGCACGCCCGAAGACAUAUGUCAGAAGACUCAAGUUUGGGUCAGGUGAGCCUGAAUUUCAAUGCGUCCCCUUCAUACACUUCAAAAAGUAGUUUAACGAUCAUUGCAUCUCAAAAACCAUGAGUACUCCUCCAACACACCGGUUCAAAGCAUUGCGGAGGAACAGGCUGGAGGAGCCCUGCAUGAAGACCCGUCUUUUAGAGUGUAUGGAGCUGCUGAAAAGGGCCAGAGCUGCCUUCCAAGCUGGCCGUGCAUUUGACGAGAGCUUCAGACAGGUCCAACUGGAAGCCCUAGUGCGCAUGCUGGUGGAACACGAGUGUGACUUUGUGGAUGCACUUGGGAGGGACCUCCAUAAGCCGCGGUUUGAGACGGUAGUGUCUGAACUGAUACUGGUGAAGAACGAGGCUCUUCAUGCCAUCAACAACCUCAAGAAGUGGAUGGAGCCGCAACCGAUGGAGAGGAACCUGACCACCACGUUGGAUGAGUGCCUGGUGGUGUGUGAGCCACUGGGGGUUGUGCUGAUUGUGGGGGCCUGGUGUAGCCCUGUUCAGCUCUGUCUGGUACCCCUGGUUGGGGCCAUUGCCGCAGGAAACUGUGUGAUCCUCAACCCCUCAGAAUGUAGUUCUCACACAUCGGAGCUGCUACACCACCUCAUACCGUCAUACCUGGACAAUGAGUGUUACCAUGUGACCCUUGCAGGGGUGAAUGACCUGGCUGAAAUAGUGGACCUCAAAUUUGACCAUGUCUUCUUCACUGGAAACCGUGAGGACGGGGGUAGAGUGGCACAGGCAGCAGCCCGCACCUUCACACCCGUCACCCUGGUCUUGGGCGGUGGUAAGAACCCCUGCUACGUGGACCAGCAGUGUGACAUCACCACCACGGCACGACGCAUCACCUGGGCCCGCUUCCAUAAUGCUGGGCAGAGUAUGGUAGCACCUGACUACGUCCUGUGCCAUGCUGAGGCCAAAGCACAGCUGCUCCAGGCCUUGCGCUGCUGCCUCCUGCAGUUCUAUGGUUCAGACCCCCAGGAGUCCAGGAGCUUUGGCCGCAUCGUGAACCUGGAGAACGUACACCGCACCACGGACCUGCUGCGGAGGUCUGGCAAGGUGGCUGUAGGAGGCCAAGUGAAUGAAGCAGAUAAAUACAUUGCACCAACCGUUCUGUGCGAUGUGAGAGACUCGGACCCUAUCAUGCAGCAGGAGGUUUUCGGACCCGUUCUGCCCAUUCUGACCGUCAACAGCAUAGAUGAGGCAAUCUCUCCUCUCUGUGUGUACGCUUACUCUAGCAACAGCAAGGUAAUCUCAAGGCUAAUGAAUGAGACCUCAAGUGGGAGCUUCUGCUCCAAUGACAGUGUCCUGCAGAGCCUGAUGGUGGUCCUGCCUUUUGGGGGAGUAGGUGCCAGUGGGAUGGGUUCCUACCAUGGGCGCUACAGCUUUGACACCUUCUCGCACCGGAAAUCAUGCCUGCUCAGAAACACUUGCAUCGAGUGUGUCACCUACCUGCGCUACCCACCAUAUGAGGACCGCAAUCUGUCACUUAUGACCUGGGCAAGUAGCCUUUCCCAGAAGAGCCAGGGCUGGUGCCAGAUACUGUGACUGUGUGCGAGUUGGAAGACGGAGACCUUUUUACAACACUAAGCCGGGCUGAGCUCUACUGUACUGGCUUGAUUACACAUCCACCAUAGUUAUUGAAACCAUGCUGUAAAUCCCAGUGUGAAAAGAGGAUAUCUGAACCUACAGUACAUUCUGAGGACCAGUUGUGAUAGUUCUCCAAUAUGACAAUAUAUUCAGCACAAAACAUUUUUGAUGUAGAACAUGACGCUAAUGCAGUGACUGAUCAGCGUAUUUGCUGUGUAUUUACUGCAGCAUGGCAUGAUAGCCCAUCAGUAUAAAUAUUGUAUCUAUGGGAUAUUUUAAGCUAUUCGUCCAGUGUUCUCUGAAAUACUUUAUAAAGAAGCUUCUUGUGAUCCAACCUGUGACAUUUAAACACAAUGUACAUUGCGUGCUUCCAACACAGGAUUAUAACUUGCUAACUUCAUUACAAAAUUUGAAUUCUUUAUUCGGUAUUGUCCUAGUGUCACAGGUUAUUGUUGUAGCAGUUUUUCUAAAUUUCAUUAAAAGCAAUGUGCCACUCAGUAUGUUAAGGUUUAGACUCUAGCAAAGUCAAACUUGAUUCAAGUCUUUAUUUGAAAAGUAGGGGCAGUUCCAUUACGAGAUAUUCAAGCGUCUAGCAUCAAUCUGUCUUUUACAUAUGCCAAUGAUGAAUUCAAUCCUUAAACAGAAUAAAUGUUGUUUCAAAGUU